CAGGCUCCCUUCGCGCUGAAGGAGGCUUGGCCCUUGCGACGCUCCGUCGUCGGGCUCGUUGCUGGCGCAACCAGGGCGGAAACUGCCGGCGUUGCUGUAGCGAGUCUGGGAAUUACACCGGGGGACUGGCCCGGGCAGGGAACUCGGGCCGGGGGACUCUUCGGAAACUCCAAGACUCAGAGAAAUAUGGCGCUCCCCACGCUGCCGUCCUACUGGUACAGCCAGCAGCACCUGAAUCAGCAGUUAGCACGACAGCGAGAGCAGGAGGCCCGGCUUCGGCAGCAAUGGGAGCAGAACAGCCGUUACUUCAGGAUGUCUGAUAUCUGUAGCUCCAAACAGGCAGAAUGGAGCUCUAAAACCUCCUACCAGCGGAGCAUGCACGCCUAUCAGCGUGAGAAGAUGAAGGAAGAGAAGAGGAAGAGUCUGGAGGCCCGACGGGAGAAGCUCAGGCAGCUCAUGCAGGAGGAGCAGGACCUCCUGGCCAGAGAACUGGAGGAGCUGAGGCUGAGCAUGAACUUGCACGAAAGAAGAAUCCGGGAGCAGCACGGGAAGCUGAAAUCAGCCAGAGAAGAGCAGAGGAAACUGAUUGCUGAACAACUUUUGUAUGAACACUGGAAAAAGAACAACCCGAAACUUCGAGAGGUGGAGCUGGACCUUCACCAGAAGCAUGUGGUAAACUCUUGGGAAACGCAGAAAGAAGAAAAAAAACAGCAAGAAGCCACCGCAGAGCAAGAGAACAAACGGUACGAAAAUGAGUAUGAAAGGGCCCGAAGGGAGGCGCUAGAACGGAUGAAAGCUGAAGAGGAGAGGAGGCAGCUGGAGGACAAGCUCCAGGCCGAGGCACUGCUGCAGCAGAUGGAGGAGCUGAAACUGAAGGAGGUGGAGGCGACCAAACUAAAGAAGGAGCAGGAGAAUCUGUUGAAGCAGCGGUGGGAGCUGGAGAGGCUGGAGGAAGAGCGGAAGCAGAUGGAAGCCUUCCGGCAGAAGGCAGAGCUGGGGCGCUUCUUGAGACAUCAGUAUAACGCUCAGCUCAACAGACGCACACAGCAGAUCCAAGAGGAGUUGGAGGCAGACAGGCGGAUCCUGCAGGCCCUGCUUGAGAAGGAGGACGAGAGCCAGCGCCUCAACCUGGCCAGGCGGGAGCAGGCUGUGGCCGAUGCGGCCUGGAUGAAGCAGGCCAUUGAGGAGCAGCUGCAACUGGAGCGGGCGCGGGAGGCAGAGCUGCAGGUGCUGCUGAGGGAGGAGGCCAAGGAGAUGUGGGAAAAGAGAGAGGCAGAGUGGGCCCGAGAGCGCAGCGCACGGGACAAACUGAUGAGCGAGGUUCUGACAGGGAGGCAACAGCAAAUACAAGAGAAGAUUGAACAGAACCGACGGGCACAAGAGGAAUCCCUGAAACACAGGGAGCAACUUAUUCAAAAUCUCGAGGAGGCAAGAAAGUCAGCUCGUCGUGAGAAAGAGGAGAGUGAAGAACUGAAAUCGGCCAGGAAGCAGGAGCUGGAAGCCCAGGUGGGGCUGAGCCCGAGGGCAGGAGGCAGUGGGCCUGCUGUGGGUCUCGCAUCAUCCUGGGACAGGGUUCCGAGGCCCUGGACUGCCUGGCAGGGGUUGCAGAACGUCGGCUGCAGGCAUGGGAAGCAGACCAGCAGGAGGAGGAGGAAGAGGAGGAGGCCCGGCGGGUCGAGCAGCUCUCAGAUACCCUGCUGCAGCAGGAGGCAAAGACUAUGGCCAAGCAGGGCUACCGGCCCAAGCCUUAUGGACAUCCAAAAAUUGCUUGGAACUGACUUCAUGGGUACCAUAAGCACAGAGAACAAGGGAUGCUGAGGCUUCUGAUCCCAGCCGCCAGGCAGUCUUACAGGGCUCUGUUACAGUCGGUGCCAGGGCACUGUCGGGCGGCUCAGCAGUGCCUGCUCAGGUUCAUCAUUGAAAGCAUCCAGAGUUUGGCCAGACAUUAGGUGUUGUGGUCUGCAGCACCUGGUGAGAGGCCCUUUCAUGCCUUUUUUACCCAAGCAAGGGUCUUUGAUGGGCACGUGUUUACGGCGCUGCUGCAUAAUCUUGUAAUAUAACAAUAGUCGCAUCAACUCAAGGUCAAUACUAAGAUCCACAGGUUGUACCUGUGAUAGGGCAUGUGGUUUCCUGUUGUCUCACCUUUAAUUGUCAGCCUCCAGUGUUGACUCUAGAAAUGUGAGGAAAGCUUUUCAGUUUUUAAAAUUGCCAUUUAAACUCAGUCUAUUAAAACCACCCUAGAGGUCUUGGUGCAGUGGAUUUCAGAGUUUAUUAAUUUCGUGGUCCCAAAAGGAUUAUGUCUUUUGUAUUCUGGAAGAAAAGAACUGUGAACAAAUUAGAACCUUGGAACAGUCUGACGUCCGUGGAUGCAUUCCAGAAAGUGGCAAGAGAUGAGUCUUUCCUCCUUCAGGAAGCAUUUUGGUAGAAUUUCCAUGGAGCAUUGUCUGUGAGUGACUGAUCCCAACAUGUAUGUUACCAAGCCCCAAAAGGAACCUCAAGCUGGGUGUGGUGGCACGUGCCUGUAGUCCCAGCUACUCGGGAGGCUGCGGCAAGAGGAUUGCUUGAGCCCAGGAAUUCGAGUCCAACGUGGGCAAAAGAGUGAGACCCCAUCUCUAAAACCAAAAAGGUACCUUAGAAGGUCACCUGGUUGGCUAACCUUUUAAAGGCAGGGGUGUGACACAUGGGGCAUCUAGUGUCUUGGGAAUGUCUUGGCUACACGUAGCCUUCUGGGAUAUAUGUGCCCAGAGGGAGAAGCACUGAGCCUGAAGAAACUAGGUGAGACUCGGAACCACAGACCGGCCAGAAAUCUCUCCCACCAUUAUAUCAGCGUGGUACAGGUUGCCAUUCAUUUCUACAAACAGGAACAAGUUCCUAGCAACAAUAAUAUUAUGACUUGUAUUUUUACCAUACUCUUCCUCUGAGGUUUAGUUUUCAUCACAUCGUGUUCAAGAUUCCACAUCUCCGUAAAUUACAGCUAAUUACAGGGCAUUGUUCCAUGGUUAUUAAAAACCAGAGUUUAUUAAAAAUCCUGAGUCUAAGGGCUGCCUUAUCUUUCACUUCCAUUGUGCUGUAGAAACAGAUUGAGCUGCAAACCAUGUCCUUCAUCUCUUGUUCAUUUUCUUGCAACUCUUUGGCUCUGAUCACCUGAGCAGUGCGUUCAUCAUGCAUGCUCUCUCUUGCGUUCCUCGUUUCAGAUUCCAGUAAUUGUGAAAUAAAAUCCUGCUUCGACAGCA